UAGCGUGAGACCGGAAGUAGUUGAGGCUCAUGUCCGGGCUUCGGUCGUUGCGACUGAUCUCCGGGCCUAGCGACAACAUGGCGGACCUGUCUCUGGACGAGCUGAUCAGGAAACGCGGCGUUAAUGUGAAUGGAAAAGGGAGACUGAACACCAGGCCAGUAUUUGGAGGUAUCAGAUCUCGCAUUGGAGUCCAACAAACUUUUCUAAGCAGGCCAACACCAAGUGUUGGCUUCCAGCGGACAUUUGAUGCACGUCAAAAGAUUGGCCUUACUGAUGCCCGACACAAAAUUGGCGUGAAAGAUGCCCGGGAGAAACUGCUUCAGAAAGAUGCUAGGUUUAAAAUCAAAGGGAAAGUGCAGGAUGCACGGGAGAUGCUGAAUUCCCGAAAGCAGCAAAGUGUCGAAAAGGUAACCAAAGUUGUUGAUGCCAGAGAGAAAAUUAGUUUGAAAAGGAGCGCCCCAGCUACAACCACAGUGAACACUGUUGUGGAAACUGCAGUUCCUGCCAUGAAGAUCACAAAAACAAUUCAGCAGAAGACUACAACUUCAUCACAUACUCACCCUGCAGGUAUGAAGGUCAACAUUGUAAAUAAUCACACACACAAACAGUGCCUGUAUGAUGCAGAAGAUGAUGAUGAAACUGUUUCUCCCCUUCCUAACAAACAGAUGAAGAUUACCACCACAAAUAGUUUUCUGCAAAGUGCGGCUGGGCUCAGUGGCAACAAGUUCUCUUUAUCAAAGACAGUUCCCCUCACAAAAGUGGUCCAGAAUGAUGCCUAUACAGCACCCCCAGCUCCACCCUCCCCUAUCCGGACAAAGGCCCUAACAAACAUGUCCCGAACUCUGGUGACCAAGGAAGAGCCUCCUAAAGAGCCAGCACCAGUUGAGUUGGCUUUCAGCCCAUUAGAAGGUACUAAGAUGACUGUGAAUAAUUUGCAUCCUCGAGUUACAGAGGAGGACAUUGUUGAGUUGUUCUGUGUGUGUGGUGCCCUGAAGCGUGCCCGUCUAGUACAUCCUGGAAUGGCUGAAGUGGUGUUUGUGAAAAAGGAAGAUGCUAUCACUGCAUAUAAGAAAUAUAACAACAGAUGCCUCGACGGCCAACCAAUGAAAUGUAAUCUUCAUUUAAAUGGAAAUAUCAUCACAUCAGACCAACCCAUCUUACUUCGACUGAGUGACACCCCUUCAGUGAGGAAGGAAGGUGAACCACGUCGAACAAGCACAGGAGCUUCAUCAAAUCCACAAGCCGAAGUGGAUCCUGAUACUAUCUUGAAGGCUCUUUUCAAAUCCUCGGGUACCUCCACCUCUGUGCAGCCUACAGAGUUCAAAAUCAAACUUUGAGAAGUGGAGGCAAAGAGUGGACUGGAAAAUUUGUUGAGUGUGGGAAAUGGGGAGACAAGUACGGAGACACAAAUUGUGUUUGACCGUACUGAAAUCUUUGUUUUUCUACAAUUACUACCUUCCUGUACAGUAGUGUUCUCCCUAAUGUGUGUUCUGUUUUCAUAGUUGGAGUUUUUGUCCGCAUAUUUCUAAUGGAAUAAUCUUCCCUUCCUCCAGUGAGAUAUGUAUUGCCAAGCUUAGACCAUGUAACUCCUUCCUUUGCCCCCACCAGUCAACCCCCAGGCAGUAUCUAGGUGGUAAAACCUGAGAAAGGGUGUGAAAAGUAUCUUUUAGGGCUUUCAUCCUUUGAAUAAGAGAGUCCCUUUUGCUUUUUACUGAUGAUAAACUACAUUUCAUUUCAAUGCAACUACAUCUGGGGCUUAGGCCAGGUAUAAUACUCUAUCCCCGUGCAUUUGAUAAGGCUAGCUGUUCUAACAUUCUAAAAUUAGUGAAGGAGAAGCCACAAAUAUUGUUCAUCUAGUAGCUGAUGGAAAGGAUGGUAAAGGCAAUGGGAAUAUGUACAGGUAUAGGAAUAUAGUAUAUCCUAUACUUUAUCUCUUUCAUUAUACCAUGGUGAUAAAUUGCUAGUGUAUUGCUGAGGAAUUGGCCCUAGCAGUGGUAUGAACUUGAGUCCAGCUUGUUUCACAGAUGCAUGCUCUCUCCAUGAGAAUGCAUGGGCUUUGUCUGGACAACUAUACAAUGUUUCUCUUCAUUUUCUAGCAUCUAUAUUAUGCUGAUCCCUAGCCUUUUACAAUGAAAUUGUAUAUUAGGGAGGAAAACAUUUCUAGUUUCUCCCAGUUUUAUUUAAUAGAAAGGAGGGCAAACUACCACUCUCACAUGGUGUUUUACAAGCAUUUAAGUGAGCAGAGGCCCUUGGUUUGCCAGUCUUCAUAAAACUGCAAUCACGUCUAUGUUAUGCUGCACCUGGACCUUACUGAGCAAUAGUGGCACCACAGCAGAUUACAUUGAUGGACCUGUUGGAGCUAUUCCAACAGCAUCUCUCACAGUUUUCCUCUAUGACCUUCCCUCAUCCUUCAACAAAGGUUACUUACUGUAGUUGGAGGUUGGUCUAGACACAAAUAAUACGACAGACAAACCCCACCAUCUGCUUUUAAGAAAUUAUCAAUAGCAAUAGCUUCACCUUUCAGCUCUGAACUGUGCUUGGGCAAAAUGCUGCUGCCAUGCAGCCGUGUUGCAUAUUUUUCUGUACUGAAAAGUGGUGAAUAGCUUUGUGUUGAUACAGAGGGGCAUCUACAUACCAGAACAGAAAGGGAGGUGGGAAACACAAGGGGGUUCCUCUAGAAAAGCUGGGAUGAUGCAGUUGUCCAUGUUGAACUUUCUUUGACAGGCCCAUCUUUGCUUAGAAACAAAGACCACCCUUUUGCUAGCACCAUGUUAACCCAGUGGUGAAAAUGGAAAACUGGCAGUUGUAGUUACUUGAUACUAAAUCAAAAGACUGACAGCUCCGGACUGUGCUUGAGGGCUUCAGUUUUUAUUCUUUCAGCUGUAAGAUAUAAGCAAUUCUGUAAAAUCUUGUAGAAACUUCUGUUCAAUUGAUUCUACUUUCCUGUUUUUCAUUUUGUAACAUCUCUUAGUUUGAUCUAGGAUGGUCACACCAGUUACGCCAUGCUGUAACCCUUCCCAACUCAGAAGGAGUUCUAUUCCUGGUGGGAGUUGUUAAUCUGGAUUACAAAUUCCGGACUGAUCAUAAUUUCACCAUUACUGGGAAAAUGUGGUUGUGAACUGCAGAUACUUUUUUGUGUGCAGAACUGCUACUCCCUGUACCCAUGUUUCAUUAGCAGCAGUGGUUGGUUACAGGGGAAGGGAAGGUUGGGGCUGGAGGACACUAUGUAUGUUUCUGAAUAAACAUUUGUUAUACUGA